GAUCCUUUCAACAGGAAAUUGCACUCUAGUUUCUUUUCUUCCUGAAACAUUUUUUUAAAUCUAAUGUUCCAGUGGUAAGUGUACCAAUUGUGCUUUCACUGUGGUAUAGAGUAAUGUAAAUAAUGCUUGCCCUUUCAGGGUUUCCUGAUGCAGGUGUUGUUGUUUUGCUGUAUGUGUCUCAGUUUAAUCUUUCCCUGUUAACAAGCAACAAAUACAAUUAGUGAAUCCAUGUUUAUUUGUCUCUACACUAUGCAUUGUAUCACCAGGUUACCAUGGAAACUGUAUCAGCUGUGAUAUCCUUCACAUUGAUGCCAUACACCGAACUGGAAGAUCACAGAUAUUUAUACUUCAUAUGUUUCCUUCUUUGAUGAGCCUAGGUGAGCUGAAUGCUCUUCUCAUCCUCAUUGUCUCAUGUGAAUUAUCUGUAAACAAGGAACUCUAAAAAGUGCACAUUUGAUCAACACAAUAUGUUGAUUUAAUUCAGUACCAGCUGGCUUUAAGUCCUCAGUUUUAAAAUAUAAACCCUCACACUCUUCUCCACAGCACGGACACUACAUUCAGGUGAUUAUGGAAAAUGUAUCAGCAGUGACAUCCUUCAUUUUAACAGCAUACACUGAACUGGAAGACCACAGAUAUUUAUACUUCAUACUUUUACUCGUGUUGUACGUUCUGAUAUUAUUGGUAAAUUCAGGUCUAAUUGUAGUAAUAUGCAUAGAGAGAGGUUUGCACGGGCCUAUGUAUUUGUUUAUAUGUAACUUAGCCGUGAAUGGAGUGUAUGGUAGUACCUCUUUAUUACCACCUAUGCUUGGCCAUUUGUUAUCUCAGAAUUAUGAAAUAUCUCGGACCUUUUGUCUUUUACAGAUCUUUUGUUUACACUCACAUGCUUCAGUUGAUUUAAAUGUUUUAGCAGUGAUGGGCUAUGACCGGUAUGUUGCCAUUUGCCAUCCAUUACACUAUCACCAGUUAAUGUCUCAUAGAAAAGUGUGCACCCUUAUUGCAUUGUCUUGGUCUCAUGCCCAUAUUCUUUUUGGACUGUUUUUCAUAUUAACUGUACAGCGAACAUUUUGUGCUGCUAUCAUAGAAAAAGUGUUCUGUGCCAAUUUUGAAUUAGUCAAACUGUCUUGUUUUGAAACCUCUUUUCAGAACAGAGUUGGCUUUGUUGUAGCUUUUCUUGUAAUUGUUCCACAGCUGCUCAUGAUACUAUUUUCCUAUGCACAAAUACUCAGAAUCUGCCUGUUUGCUUCUAAGGAAUCUCAGGCCAAAGCUUUUCAAACAUGCACUCCACACCUAGUGGCUGUCAUUAACUAUUCAGUGGGAUGCUUUUUUGAGGUCACCCAAAGUCGUUUCAAUAUGAGUCAUAUACCUUAUAAAGCUCGUAUAUUCCUGUCCCUUUACUAUCUGAUAAUUCCUCCAUUGUUUAAUGCUAUCAUUUAUGGAAUUAGCAUUCAAGCAAUCAGGGCUCAUAUCGUCAAACUGUUUAGUGGUAUGAAAAAUAAGUUGAUAACGCGGAUGAUAAUGAAGUAACCUUAAGCCUGUUUAAUUCAUAAUCCCAAUUUUAAGUCACAUAACCCAAAUGAGCCCAUUUACAUUUUAGGAUCCAUCAGACUCUCUAAAGAUGUACAUGUGGAGGUGUUAGUUAUUUUGUGUAAAAUGACAUAAAUUGCCUAAAAAU